AUGAAUCCAUUUGACCGAUUCUUCAACACAUUCUUUGACGAUCUCGAAACUUGGUGGCCAACAUCCUCGAUUUAUCGCCCAGCAUUGACGCAAGGAUCGCAGACGGCAGGCCCUUCUCGCUCGCUGGUUCCAUCCGCGUUUUCUGCGGACUUUCCUCUUAUCCGCUCGUCUGUUGGUCGCAUUCGCACGGACUUUUUGGAGUUUCCGGAUCACUUUGAAAUGACCUCCGAAUUGCCAGGUAUUCCGAAGGAUUCCGUCAAGAUCACCCAUGAGGGCUCCACAUUGUACCUUGAGGCUGAAAAGAAGAGCGAUAAGCGCGAGGAGCAAGAAAAUUCCAUCGUAACAGAGCGUUCUUAUGGGCUCUACAAACGCUCGUUCACUGUGCCCGAAAAUUGCAACUUGGAUUCUGGAAAGGCGAGCUUCGAGGAUGGGGUUUUAAAGAUUGUCUUCCCAAAGCGCGAACCCACUGCUGCUCGCAAGCAGAUCGAACUUUAA